UGUGAGUUAGUGCGAUUGCCAAUUUUCAAAGCCCAAGCUCACUCUUUUCCAUACACAAGGUGUGGCAGAUGGCAGAUGGCAGCGGCUGUACACUUUUGGUGAGUACAACGGUCACUUCCCACUUCCAAGUUCCAACUCCCAAUUUCGAAAUUUGAGUUGCUCUGCGGCAGAAAGAAUCCAUCAUACAAUCGCAUACUAAAAGCUUUUGAGUCAUGAAAAACAUGGAAAAGGCUGUAGAGAUGGAGGAAUCGACAUGUUCUUCCUCCUCCGUCGAGGAUCAAGGAACUCCGCUUCGACCCAUUUUUUGCCUUAAAAAGAAGGUAGACUUGAAGAUAUUUGACGACAUUUACGAUUGUUUUAUUCUUGAUUUUGAUCCUGUAGAACCUAUUCCCUCUAUCUCCAACCUCUCUGUCUCCUCCAAUGAUGAUCUCUCUGUCGUUGCCGAAAAGGGACAGGUGGCUUGCAGAGAUUACCCACAUUCAAGGCAUCUCUGUCUCAAAUACCCAUUCGACACAACACCGCAUGAGAAUUUCUGCCAUAUGUGCUACUGCUACGUCUGCGAUUCAGUUGCUCCUUGCAAGUACUGGGAGGAUCCUAAAUCAGCGCAUUGCCAUGCAUCAGAGCACAUUGAUGCUUGGAAGUUAAAAAGAAGUUUGGGGAAAAACCAGCCUCCUCCUUGCAGUUGAACGAUUCUUCCUUUCAUUGCCAUGUGGGUUUUUGUUGAUUUUUUGUUCCUUGCAUUUUGCAGCCACUGGUACAUGAAACACACAGCACCAGAUGUUGAAUAUUUUGUUAAUAGUUGGUCAAAUUCAUGCCCUGAAUUUGAGAUUUGGGCAAUAUACAUAGGUUUCAAUAUGUUGAUCAUCACAGAUUUAGGAGGAUUAUGUGCUGCUAUGUUCUAUC